AUGUUGGUACUUCCAUUAACCUCCAUUGCUCCAGAUUGAUUUCCUCAAUUAGGAAGAGAUAGGUUCGGGUCUGCCAUACAAGACGACGUAUUCCACCAAAGCUCGGCGGGUAACCAGAAACAACCCUCAAGAUGGCUUCCCAAUCAACUUUCGAUAUACCACUGGACUCACUACCUCCAUCCCAUCGAACCACCAUAAGCAAGACGGACCUCGACCCCAUCCGUCGAGCUGAAACCGGCACUCCGGAGCCCCAAGAUAUCCAAGAACCUGCAAGACAUGAGUUCUCCCAGCUACCGCCAGUCGACGGCGGCAAGGACGCCUGGCUCUUUUUAGCCGCAUGUUUCGUUGUCGAAGCAUUAGUCUGGGGCUUCCCCUACUCCUUCGGCGUCUUCCAGGACUACUACAGCACCCACCCGCCCUUCUCCGCCUCCAGCAACCUCGCCGUCAUCGGCACCUGCGCCAUGGGCAUCAUGUACCUCGACACUCCCUUAAUCAUGGCCUUCUUCCGGCGUUUCCCCCGGUUCGCGCGAUGGUCUCCCAUCGUGGGUUUGCUGGUCAUGUGUUUCGCCCUUGCCAUGUCGUCCUUUUCUAAGACUGUCACCCACCUGAUCGUCACCCAGGGGAUCUUGUACGGUGUCGGGGGCUCGAUCGCUUACUCCCCUUGUAUCCUCUACCUGGAUGAGUGGUUCGUCAAGAAGAAGGGAUUGGCUUACGGGAUCAUGUGGUCCGGCACUGGUUUGGCGGGCGUGGUGUUGCCGCCGUUGCUGGAACAUUUUUUGUCCAAGUACGGGUAUCAGACUACGCUCCGCAUCUGGGCGGUGACGGUGUUUGUGUUGAGUGCCCCGUUGGCGUGGUUUUUGAAGCCUAGGGUUUCUGUUGGAGGAGGCAAGGUUGCGGCAAGCGAAGCAACUUCUUCUGCCUUUACGUCUGGGACAACCACCCCAACGAACACCAACACACACGACCAUACUCCUCCUCCAAGUCAAACGCCCUACAGCCCCUCCCUAUCCUUCGUCUUCACCCGCCCCUUCCUCUUCUACCAACUCUUCAACAUAAUCGAAGCCGCCGGCUUCUUUCUUCCGGGGAUUUACCUGCCCUCCUACGCGCGCUCCGUCCUGCAAGCCCAGGGGUUCCUUACCUCCUUGACUUUGUUACUGCUCAACGUCGCCUCCGUCUUCGGCUGCGUCGCCAUGGGCUGGUUCAUCGACCGGCUGGACGUCACCACCUGCAUCAUGUUGUCGACAGCCGGCACCGUGCUGGGGACUUUCUUUCUCUGGGGUUUCGGCACCAACUUGGCGGUUUUGUAUGUUUUCUGUGUGGUGUAUGGGUUCUUUGCGGGCAGCUUUGUGAGUACGUGGCCGGGGAUGAUGAGGGAGGUUGCGAAGUUGGGUCAUCAGGGUUCUGGUGAGACUGGAAAUGAAUACGGGAGUAAGCCGGUUGAUCCGACCAUGGUGUUUGCGUUUCUGGCGCUGGGGAGGGGAGUGGGAAACGUGGUUAGUGGGCCGUUGAGCGAGGUGCUGGUUAAGGGGUUGCCGUGGCAGGGGAGGGCAUUGGCUGGGUAUGGGAGCGGGUAUGGAGGGUUGAUUGCGUUUACGGGGGUGACGGCGUUGGUGGGAGGGGGAAGCUUUUUGUGGAAGAGGUUGGGGUGGUUGUGAAUGGGUUGAGUGUUGUUAUAGGGUGGGUACAAUGUAAAAGUGAUCAUGUCACGUUAGAGCUUAAUCGGGGUAGUGUAAACAAGAAAGAGACAAAACAAAAUAAAACGAACUGUG